AUGAAAUCAUUCAAACUAUCAGUAAGGAUCUUCACAAUGACUGCUAUGCUUUUGGUGGCCGGAAUUAGCUAUUCAUCUAGUGUUCCUCUUGACUUUGCAGACAUUCAUCCAAGUACUAGUAUAUAAGAUUGUAUAAAUACAGCUAGACAAUUUGAUUACACAAUCUUAGCUAAUUUAGCAAAUACUCCUGCAAUAGGAAUUCCUUACACCAACUAUUACGAAACAGUCUCAUGCCCAGUUAAAAAUAAAUGCCCUGAUGGAAUAAAAAGAUCAACAUGCAUCUGGUAGAGAAUUCUUUAUCUUUCUUGCGAAGGAUAAAAUACUGUACAAUACCCUGUUUAAAUGCUAAUUGGUACAAACUCAUUGCCAAAUCAUUGCUAUUACACUGAUGGAGAUCCUCCAAUAGGGGAUUAAUCAAGAUACAACACUUAUAUAUUACUAGUCAUGUUCAAUCCAACACUACUUAAGUAGUCAUCAAAACUUGAGAACUAUAUAACUUUUGAUGAGCUGAAUGUAGAAAAUUAUAUGUGUUCAGAAACUUGGGGAAAAAAUGCUAAUAUUGACCUGAACUUUAGGCCAGUUGAUGCUUUAACAUCUGAUAUUAGUGGUAGCCUUGUUUUAUGGAAUGAAGAAGCUAUCGGUGAUUAUCCAUAUGACUUAAUCAGAUUACCCUCAAGUGAUAAAAUUGUCGGUAUAGCUCUAAACGGUGUAUUCAUAUUUUCUGCUAUAUCAAUCUACGGCUAUGAUGCUUUUUAUCCAACAUCAUUCGGUACUAGAAACUCACCUAAAGGUGUUACAGCUGAUCUUUGUCUUGGUACUUCAGAAGGAUACAGAACAUAUGCUUACCAUAUGUAUUCACCUUGUAUUUAUGAAACAAGUCAAAGGUAAAAAGCGGAUUACUGUGCUACUGAUGAUUUAUGCAAGAAAAGUGUUAUUGAAUAUGCCAAAUUUCACACACAUUCUUCGAAAAAAGUUAUUACUCCUAUCGGUAUCGCUAAGGAUGGAAGAUUCAUUUACGGGCCAUACAAUAAGAAUGGAGAUUUAUGGUAACCAUGUGAUGUUGAUAUGUGUAACGGUAUUUAAUUUGGGGAUCCUACUAAUCCAUAUUAUGUCUAUGUUGCAACUAUGUUCUUCCCUUAUACUGUUGGUUGCUGGGGUCCCAGCAAUAGAGUGCGCAAUGUAGUACCAAGGUGUUCUUCAAAUGUUCAAGCCUGCACCUAAGCUAUCCUCAGCUUUUACACAAGUGUUGCUAUUGUAAUGGGAUUAUUUGCUUCAGUUCUAGCCUUUGCAGUCUGA